AAAAGGUUAGAAUAACGGGAUUAACAGAGAAAUCCUUAUUAUCUUCAUAUAUCGCCAUCAUUCGUUUAGCAUCACACGCCGUUAAUCAAGGCUUGGUACGUACCAGCCCCUCCAAAUCCUGGGGUCUCAGGCCACUGCGUCAUUGGAUGUUAUAGGCCCUCCCCGCCUCUUUUACUGAUGAUCUGCUCACGAGCACAGUGUUUCAUCUUUCAACCUGAUCUCGCGACUACAUCACAGGCAAACACCACGUUCAACCGCACUUUAUCUCAGAUACAACGCCUUGGGCUUCAGCUCUGGCUUUAACCCUUUCAACUCAAGCUUCCGACUAUACCAAAAUGGCUUCUGCUGUUGAUUCUCCCCCGGCGCACUCGCCUCCCACCCAUCCUCCUCAACGACCUCGAGGCAUCCUCAAGAACUCGUAUCAGAAAUCUCCUCCCACUUCACCGAACCACGAUCGACCUGCCAGCGACAAGGAGCUCACCAUCGCCAACACUCAAAUCAACGCUGGUCACCGUCGUUCCUCUUCUGGAGCUCGCCCCUCUGGAUCCCGCCGACAAUCAGGUGCCAACGGUUCCAUCGGAGACGUUCUCGAACCCUCCCAGCGGCUCAAGUGGGACGAGGCAAACCUCUACCUCACGGAGCAGGAGCGCUCCUCUACCAUGAAGAUCACAGAACCAAAGACUCCCUAUGCCAAACACUACGACCCAGCCGAAGACCCGUCGGACGAAGACGAGGAUCCUCUGGCGGACGCUGGUGCUCGUCUUAAGAAUUCACGUCCAAGCCGUGAAGAUGACAUUCCGGGCCUUUCGCUGGGCGAACCGGAAGAGGAGAUCCCGGAAGCGGGCGCGCCGUCACCCCGCAGCGAAAAGAGCGUCCACGUCGACGACGAGAGCAGCAUCGGCCACAACGCGGAGGAGGAGCUGGCGGGCAUGUCUCCCGAGGAGCGUGAGAAGCACAGAAAGUUUGAACAGCUCCGAAAGAGACACUACGAAAUGAAAAAUGUGGCCCAGCUCCUGGGCCACCCCGAGACGCUCCCGGAUGAGGAUGAGGAUGACGAGGGUGAGGUGCCGCCUGUGCCACAGGUACCGCGCGUGCCCAACGGUACUGCGUAGGGUGCUGGGGAAGCAUGAUAAGGGUUGUGAGCUGGCUAGGGCAUUAGGAUGGAGUUUUGAGGAUAUCAUUAUUGGGCGUUGGCAGAGGAGGAGUGUGAGGUUAUCUGAUUACUCGCUCGCUUUCAAGAUUCUGAUGGAGACAAAGGGCACAUAGUCUCAUCGGUAGAGGUCAUGUUUCAUUUCCUAAUAUUUACGAUUAUCCA